AUGCCGAUAAAAUCCACCGGCUGCGCGCAAUGCCGCAAACGCAAAAUCCGCUGCGACGAGACCCGUCCGGGCUGCCAGCGCUGCAAGACGCACGGCGUGGCGUGUCCCGGGUAUCGACUGCCUGCGCCGGGACAGCUGGCGUUUCAGGACCAGACGGAGUGGACGGUGAGGAAUGCGCUGAGGGUGUAUAGGAAGAAGCAGCCGGUCGUGGUGACGGUGUCGGCGGCGGAUGGCAGCAGCAGCAGCGAUGGGGCGAGUUCGCCGGGGAGUGAGAGUGGCAGUUUGGGGCUGGUGUCGACGAAGUCGAACUCGUCUUCCCCGGAUGUGUUCCAUAAGGUGCGCAAUGAGACGAUGAUGGAUUUCGCGAAUGCGAUGUAUCUCUACGCUUCGCCGCAGUACUUGCCCAGUCCGGUCAUGGAGAAGCAAUUGAUUUACAACACUUUCAUCGAUGUGUAUGUCCCGAAACGAGUCGGCGAGCAUGAUGCGCAUUUCUCGUUUCUGCAGCAUCUCAUCACGACGUCGGAUCUCAGGCCGGAGGUCAUGCACUCGCUCGAUGCGAUGAGUAUGGUGCAGGUCGGGAGUUUGUACAAGGACAAAGACCUGCUUCGGCAAGCCGUUACGCAUUAUCAUAAGGCGCUGAGUGGGCUGCUCAAGACGUUGUCGGGGAUGUCUGCGGAGGCGGUGAAUGAUGAUUGUGUAUUGGCGACGGUGAAUCUUCUGGCUAAUUGCGAGUUCUUCGAUGAGAUUGCGCAAGUAGGUGAUGGCUGGACGAAGCAUAUCCAGGGCAGUCAACAACUUUUGGCGGCGAGAGGCCCGAAGAGUAUGACGUCGAGGAUGUCGUUGCUCAUCUUUUCUAACAUGCGGCACGGAGCUCUCAGUCAUAGCCUGCUCAUGCGGAAGGCAUGUUUUCUGGGCACGCCCGAAUGGAGAUCUGUCGCAUGGCGGGCGCCGUACAUUGACGCAUCGACAUUCCUUUACGACAUCGCCUUGCAAGUUCCUGCGCUCUUGGAACGAUACGACGAAUUGGAUCACAAAGCGGGUGAUGCUCUGGAGCAGGUGGACGACAUCUUGAGAGAAGCGAAAAUGCUGGAGACGGAGAUGCGAGAUUGGUUCCGCAAUUAUCAAGUUCGUUCAAAGUGGGCGGACCAGAAACUGUACGAAUUGUCCGACAUCCAGAACUUCCCAACCUUUGCUGGAUUGAUCAAAGACCGGACACUGAAAGAAGCCUUCACCUUCCCCAACUUUAUGGUCUCGUACCUGCUGUCGGUGUACUGGGACGCGAUGCAUUUCCUGCGCACCAUGAUACAGAGUCUGCACAAAGCCCGACACAAGGUGCAGCAAGACUGGUAUCCGAACUCUGACGAAGCUGUGGCCGAAGAGGAGCUGAUGGAGUAUGUCAUGAAUCUCUGCCGGUGUUUCCCCUUCUUCGUGGAACCGGUCUCCUCGAGCACUGGACAGAUCGGACUGUUUCUGCCGCUGCGCACGGCGGCGGUUUACUUCACGCAGCAAGGCCACUGGUCGAUGCUGCGAUGGUGUGGUGCCGUGCGCGAUCACGCAUUUACAAGAGGCAUGAGGCCACCGAAUGUGCGUGCUAGAGACCCUACGAUGAUUCCAAAGGAGUUGCCAGUCAAGUGA